AUGGGAAUCCAGUUUGGAUCGUUCGACUCGAUUUGCGAAACAGCAGCGCUUGUCAUAUGUCCGCUUGUGGGCACUGAGCAGGGCAUUGAGCCUUCUUGCUACAGCAGAAAUGUCGAUGUUGGCGGGACUUUGAUCUUCCAACCCUCCACCUGCUUUAUUCAUAUCGUUGCGAUUAUAAUGACUGCUAUUAUGAUCUAUCAUAUACGAAGCAAAUACACCGCCGUUGGACGAAAAGAGAUUGUUUUGUUCUUUUGGAUAUACGCGGUUAUUCAACUGCUGGCCAUCUUUUUGGACUCUGGAAUUAUACCCACUGCGCACGAAAGCUAUCCGUGGUUCGCGGCGAUUUACACAGGCCUACUCGCUUCGGCGUAUGCGUGUAUACUGGUCAAUGCUUUUGUGGGAUUCCAGUUUGCAGAGGAUGGAACCCCACUCUCGCUAUGGUUCCUCCGUAUCUCCUGCCUUGUCUUAUUCGGCGUUGGUUUCUUUUUCGCCAUUGCUGUCUUCAAGGGUAUCGCCGGUUUCUCCUACAAAAAGCCGAUAGUUCUGUGGAUCAUAUACCUUCUUUGGCCGAUCGUUUGUGUUGCGAUCUAUAUCGUUUCGCAGCUCAUUCUCGUUUUCCGGACGUUGGAAGAUAGGUGGCCAAUUGGUGAUAUUAUAUUCGGGACAGCGUUCUGGGUCGUGGCAAUGAUCCUUCUAUUUGCUUUCAGCACGACCAUAUGCGAUGCCAUCCAACACUAUAUCGAUGGCUUGUUCUUCUCCGAACUGUGCAUACUCCUGAGUGUCAUGAUGGUUUACAAAUACUGGGACAGUAUCACGCGGGAAGACCUUGAGUUCUCUGUCGGUUCAAAAGCUACCGUUUGGGAAGUCAAGGACCCACUGCUCGCUGGUGGAUAUCAGGGCUCUUCUGCCGCUUCCGCGGCCGCUGGUGACUAUUCGGAGGAGGAUGUCGGAAGUUCAUAUCAUUACGCACCUCCUAAUGCCCAGUUCCAAUAUGGUGGAGGAGGAAAGACAGCAUCCCUAGUUGGGGGAAUUAGUGGGACUCAGCUGUACGACCGUAAGGCUUCUGGAGGAAGAGGAGGAUACCCGCCUGCGGGAGGAUAUUAA